AUGACCUCUUUGAUUCAUCAGACGAGGCAAUAUCAUUACAACGAUGCCCUGCAGACUGUUGCAAUGCUGCCGUACUGCUUCAAAACCUAUCCGGACAAGUCGUCAUCAUGGCCUGAAUUGAUGGCACUGUUCAAGAUGAAUCUCAUUGAAUUUACCCCAGGGUAUGGAAGCGAGAAGUAUACGGAGGUGAAUCGAAUUCUCGCGAAUCGGGCUGCCGACACUGGUGGAUGCAUAGUAGCUCGAUCGCAAAUGCACAAUAUAAUUGAAGAAAGACCGACAUUAGAUCGUACGGUAGAGAAGAGACUUCUUAUGCCAUCGUUCAACCAUAACGACAUAAUUUUUCCUGUGGACGGCCCACUAGGACGCUGCGGACCAUCUCUACGGUCGACUCUGGAAUGUCCACUGUCGGAUCCGGACUGGCCGCGAUGUUCUGUGCAACAAAUGGUACUACGGGAUCAGCGACACUGGCUUACAAAGCUGUGUGCGCUGGUCCCCGAUCAAGGUACUACUUUUCUUAUGAUGCAUCACCAUAAGCUGAUGGUCAAUUUUCAGUUGCAUGGCGCGCUAGCUAGGCUAUCUCAAAGCGGAGGUUUUUGUUUUUCGAUCAAUUCCCUGAAUCAAUCUGCGUUUCUGGGCAAGUACCGGCGACUUUUUGUCGUCGACCCUAUCCACCUCCUGGCUCAACCCCAUCUCCAAUAA